AUGCCAUGGACGUUCGCGGUUCUAUCCCGAAUGCUUUCAGUUUCUGUCGCUGCAAAUUCCCCAUUUCAUAUUUGGUUUGCACAGGAUCAACGUCUGUAUGCCCAAAAAUGGUCGUCAUUUCUCAGCGUUUAUGACAGGUAUCUUUCCAGCUUUCGGAACACUUCCUGUGCAUUGCUGGAGCUGGGCGUCCAAAGUGGUGGCUCGCAGUUGAUGUGGCUGGACUACCUAGGCCUCAGAAGUCGCGUGUAUGGCGUAGAUAUUGAGCCCAAGGUGGCCGAGAUCUCCAACAGGCGAAUCAGAAACUUCAUCGGAGACAUUGGAGAUCCUGCUUUCUUAAGCUUCCUUUGCGAAAGUAUCCAACGAAUUGACAUCAUUGUGGAUGAUGCUUCACAUUUGAACUGGCAUCAAAAGCUGGCUUUUGAAGCGUUGUAUCCAUGUCUGAAUCCGAAUGGUGGAAUCUACAUUGUGGAAGACAUUGGCACCUCAUACAAAACGGCUUAUGGAGGUGGCUGGAGAUCUGAAGACUCCUUCAUCGAAUUCGCCAAGGCCAAGGUCGAUGAGCUCGAGGCCUUUUGGUCCUGCAGUGCUUCGGUGAUCAGCAGCCGACGCGGACGCUGUGGCAGCGGGACGCUGCAAGUGCCGAUUUCAGCACUUACUCGCUCCACCAGUGCUAUUCACUUCCACGAUGGCCUGGUGGUCUUUGAGAAGAGAUACAAAGAACCUGCAGUGUCGAUGGAGACGGGAAGCCUGCGGCUGCCCAAACGUUUCGUUGGAUUCAGCUUGUACCCUUCGCACCUUGCAGAUUCAUGGCUGCCACAUAUGUUUGGCAUGGGUUCCCACGGUGCACUUGAUGGAACGUGUUCAAUACCACAGCCAUUUCAAAGUCUGGACAUCUAUGAUGUAUCCGUUCGAGGAUUGGUCAUGGAAACGCUGAUGGAUCACCUGAAGUCUCUGUCCCUUCGACAAGAAGGCGGUGAACUGAAGAGAAAGUGUUCUGAUUUGAUGUCCGUCUUUCAAGAUGGCUUAUAUUUUUCCCAGUUGGGCAUGGAUUUCACAGUGGUACACCUGAAGCGCCGGAGCUUUGCUGUGGAGUGGAACGCUUCAAACGUGGACCGAGACGUCAAGGACCUGAUCAGCUGGUACUUUGGAAGAGGUGCUGAACCCUUGGUCAUCGCGGACUCGCUGUACCGAAAUCGACCACGGCCCACAGCAUUGCAGGCUGCACCGAUCACGGCAGCCUUGGAGUUGCAGCGCGACGGCUUCCUGCGCUUAAGCGCCCUAGGGCUGGACAUGGAUCUGCUGCAGUUGGAGGUGGCCCAGGCCUUCCAAGCCUCCCAGGAGGUCCAGGAGGCCGAGGCCCGGAUGCUGCGGAGGUCGAUGCGCUGGGGCGCCCUGGACAGAUUGUUUUCCUCCGAUGCCAUUUUGGAGCUGGCCUCGUUCUACCUUGGUGCAGACGUCAAAGUAUCCGGCUAUUACCUGCUGCGGCUCAAGCCCGGGCUCACUCCGGCAGAGUACAGCUCCAGCACGUGGCACCACGACAACUGUGGCAGCAGACUGAAGCUGUUCAUUCUGUUGCAAGACGUUGGUGAGGAUGGCUUUUACACAGAGAUCGCCAGAGGCAGCAAUAGCAUGGCUUACUACUGGUAUGGUCUUGACCACAUGUCCCGUUUCGAUGACGCAAGCGUGAAGUCAUUCUUCAGUGUUGAGCGUUUGUUCAGCCCCGCUGGUGGCGGUUUUCUCUUUGACACCAACGCGCUGCAUCGGGUCAGGGUCGAUGGCCAACGACAGCGCGACGCCGUGGUGGUGGAAAUUGCGAAUGUCCAGAAGCUGCGAGAGAUUCCCAUGACUUCCUGUGGCUCUCAAGGCUUGGAUGUUGGUCGUGGCUUUCGAUUUCCUCACCGCUAUCAUCGCCGACCUGGAUUCUAA